GCACAGCUGACCGCUGCCUUCAGCGCGCGAGCUACAGCCGCCCCCACCUGCCGCGGUCGCAGACACCGCCCCCGGGAGCGCAGACCAGGCCAAUGGGCUGGGCUCCAGGGGGCGGGGCGGGCGGCCGGCGCGGCUGUGGGGGUUGCUGCAGGGGCGGCGGCCGCUGUGGUGGUGGUGUCUGUGGCUGCCGCUGCGGCUGCGGCUUGGCCGGGCGUCCGCGGGCCGUGAGGGAUGGGGGCGGCGAGCUCCAGCCCUCGGCGGUGGAGGCGGCCGUAGGUGUGGGGCGGGCGUCCGCGUCUGGGACGCGGGAUGGAGCGCCGUGGAUUUCUGUUUUUCUGACUGUUACAUGAAAGGAUGAUUGCUUACAAACAGAAAAAGACAAAGAAAAAACGUGCUUGGGCAUCAGGCCAACUCUCUACUGAUGUUACAGCUUCUGAAAUGGGGCUCAAGUCCUUAAGUUCCAACUCUAUUUUUGAUCCGGAUUACAUCAAGGAGUUGGUGAAUGAUAUCAGGAAGUUCUCCCACAUGUUACUAUAUUUGAAAGAAGCCAUAUUUUCAGACUGUUUUAAAGAAGUUAUUCAUAUACGUCUAGAGGAACUGCUCCGUGUUUUAAAGUCUAUAAUGAAUAAACAUCAGAACCUCAAUUCUGUUGAUCUUCAAAAUGCUGCAGAAAUGCUCACUGCAAAAGUGAAAGCUGUGAACUUCACAGAAGUUAAUGAAGAAAACAAAAACGAUGUCUUCCAGGAAGUGUUUUCUUCUAUUGAAACUUUGGCAUUUACCUUUGGAAAUAUCCUUACAAACUUCCUUAUGGGAGAUGUAGGCAAUGAUUCAUUAUUGCGACUGCCUGUUUCUCGAGAAACUAAGUCGUUUGAAAAUGUUUCUGUGGAAUCGGUGGACUCAUCCAGUGAAAAAGGAAAUUUUUCCCCUUUAGAACUAGACAAUGUGCUGUUAAAGAACACUGACUCCAUAGAGUUGGCUUUGUCAUAUGCUAAAACUUGGUCAAAAUAUACUAAGAACAUAGUUUCAUGGGUUGAAAAAAAGCUUAACUUGGAAUUGGAGUCCACUAGAAAUAUGGUCAAGUUGGCAGAGGCAACUAGAACUAACAUUGGAAUUCAGGAGUUCAUGCCACUGCAGUCUCUGUUUACUAAUGCUCUUCUUAAUGAUAUAGAGAGCAGUCAUCUUUUACAACAAACAAUUGCAGCUCUCCAGGCUAACAAAUUUGUACAGCCUCUACUUGGGAGGAAAAAUGAAAUGGAAAAACAAAGGAAAGAAAUAAAAGAACUUUGGAAACAGGAGCAAAAUAAAAUGCUUGAAGCAGAGAAUGCUCUCAAAAAGGCAAAAUUAUUAUGCAUGCAACGUCAAGAUGAAUAUGAGAAAGCAAAGUCUUCCAUGUUUCGUGCAGAAGAGGAGCAUCUGUCUUCAAGUGGUGCAUUAGCAAAAAAUCUCAACAAGCAACUAGAAAAAAAGCGAAGAUUGGAAGAGGAGGCUCUCCAAAAAGUAGAAGAAGCAAGUGAACUUUACAAAGUUUGUGUGACAAAUGUUGAAGAAAGAAGAAAUGAUCUAGAAAAUACCAAAAGAGAAAUUUUAACACAACUCCGGACACUUGUUUUCCAGUGUGAUCUUACCCUUAAAGCUGUAACAGUUAACCUCUUCAACAUGCAGCAUCUGCAGGCUGCUUCCCUUGCAGACAGUUUACAGUCUCUCUGUGAUAGUGCCAAACUCUAUGACCCAGGCCAAGAGUACAGUGAAUUUGUCAAGGCCACAAAUUCAACUGAAGAAGACAAAGUUGAUGGAAAUGUAAAUAAACAUUUAAAUAGUUCCCAAACUUCUGGAUUUGGACCUGCCAACUCUUUAGAGGAUGUUGUACGCCUUCCUGACAGUUCUAAUAAAAUUGAAGAGGACAGAUGCUCUAACAGUGCAGAUAUAACAGGUCCUUCCUUUAUAAGAUCGUGGACAUUUGGGAUGUUUAGUGACUCUGAGAGUACUGGAGGGAGCAGCGAAUCUAGAUCUCUGGAUUCAGAAUCUAUAAGUCCAGGAGACUUUCAUCGAAAACUUCCACGAACACCAUCCAGUGGAACUAUGUCCUCUGCAGAUGAUCUAGAUGAAAGAGAGCCAUCUUCCCCUUCAGAAACUGGACCCAAUUCCCUUGGAACAUUUAAGAAAACAUUGAUGUCAAAGGCAGCUCUCACACACAAGUUUCGCAAAUUGAGAUCCCCCACGAAAUGUAGGGAUUGUGAAGGCAUUGUAGUGUUCCAAGGUGUUGAAUGUGAAGAGUGUCUCCUUGUUUGUCAUCGCAAGUGUUUGGAAAAUUUAGUCAUUAUUUGCGGUCAUCAGAAACUUCCAGGAAAAAUACAAUUAUUUGGAGCAGAAUUCACACAAGUUGCAAAAAAGGAACCAGAUGGUAUCCCUUUUAUACUCAAAAUAUGUGCCUCAGAGAUUGAAAAUAGAGCUUUGUGUCUACAGGGAAUUUAUCGUGUGUGUGGAAACAAAAUAAAGACUGAAAAACUGUGUCAAGCUUUGGAAAAUGGAAUGCACUUGGUAGACAUUUCAGAAUUUAGUUCACAUGAUAUCUGUGACGUCUUGAAAUUAUACCUUCGGCAGCUCCCAGAACCAUUUAUUUUAUUUCGAUUGUACAAGGAAUUUAUAGACCUUGCAAAAGAGAUCCAACAUGUAAAUGAAGAGCAAGAGACAAAAAAGGAUAGUCUUGAAGACAAAAAAUGGCCAAAUAUGUGUAUAGAAAUAAACCGAAUUCUUCUAAAAAUCAAAGACCUUCUAAGACAAUUGCCAGCAUCAAAUUUUAACAGUCUUCAUUUCCUUAUAGUACAUCUAAAGCGGGUAGUAGAUCAUGCAGAAGAAAACAAGAUGAACUCCAAAAACUUGGGGGUGAUAUUUGGACCAAGUCUCAUCAGGCCAAGGCCCACAACUGCUCCUAUCACCAUCUCCUCCCUUGCCGAGUAUUCAAACCAAGCACGCUUGGUGGAGUUCCUCAUUACUCACUCACAGAAGAUCUUCGAUGGGGCCCUACAGCCGCAAGAUGUCACGUGUAGCACAGGUGUUUUUUCACCUCAGGUUGAUCAAGGCUGUUUUCCAAAGCCUCUGUUAUCACCAGAAGAAAGAGACCCUGAACGUUCCAUGAAGUCACUAUUUUUUCCUUCAAAGGAAGAUAUCCAUACUUCAGAGAGUGAAAGCAAAAUUUUUGAACGAGCUACAUCAUUUGAGGAGUCAGAACGCAAGCAAAAUGCGUUAGAAAAAUGGGAUGCAUGUCUCAGUGACAAAGCACAGUUGCUUCUAGACCAGGAGGUUGAAUCAGCAUCCCAAAAGAUAGAAGAUGGUAAAACCCCUAAGCCACUUUCUCUGAAAUCUGAUAGGUCAUCAACAAACUGUGUGGAGAGGCAUACUCCAAGGACCAAGAUUAGACCCGUAAGUUUGCCUAUAGAUAGACUACUUCUUGCAAGCCCUCCUAAGGAGAGAAAUGGUAGAAAUAUGGGAAAUGUAAAUUUAGACAAGUUUUGCAAGAAUCCUGCCUUUGAAGGAGUUAAUAGAAAAGACACUGCUACUACUGUUUGUUCCAAAUUUAAUGGCUUUGACCAGCAAACUCUACAAAAAAUUCAGGACAAACAGUCUGAACAAAGCAGCCUAACUGCCAAGACUACAAUGAUCAUGCCCAGUGCACUCCAGGAAAAAGGAGUGACAACAAGCGUCCAGAUUAGUGGGGACCAUUCUGUCAAUGCCACUCAGCCCAGUAAGCCAUACACAGAGCCAGUCAGGUCAGUGAGAGAGGCGUCUGAGAGACGGUCUUCGGAUUCCUACCCUCUCGCUCCUGUCAGAGCACCCAGAACACUGCAGCCUCAACAUUGGACAACAUUUUAUAAACCACAUGCUCCCGCCAUCAGUAUCAGGGGGAAUGAGGAGAAGCCAGCUUCACCCUCAGCAGCAGUGCCUCCUGGCACAGCUCACGAUCCCCAGGGUCUCAUGGUGAAGUCAAGGCCAGACCCAGACAAAGCAUCAGCUUGUCCUGGGCAGGCAACUGGUCAACCUAAAGAAGACUCUGAGGAGCUUGGCUUGCCUGAUGUGAAUCCAACAUGUCAGAGACCAAGGCUAAAACGAAUGCAACAGUUUGAAGACCUCGAAGAUGAAAUUCCACAAUUUGUGUAGGGUUGUCAAAUUUCAGGGGUUUUUUGUUGUUGUUAUUGUUGUUGUGUUAUUUUGUGGUAUUGUGCUUAUUUUGUGAAAGAGUAUUUUGACAGGGCCCCUUUUGUAUAGGACUGCCAAAUCAUGGGUUUUGCCUUUUGUUGUUGUAUCGUAUUAUCCUCUGUUGGUAAUACUGAAUGGUAGAAUGUUUUGAUAGGGUCACAUUUGUGCCUCACUGGAAUUAUCUUUAAAUUCUGUAUUUUUGAAGUUGUGAAUAAGAUAGGUGGAUUCAUAUUUUUUAAAGUUCAGUUGACUUUCCCCACCAAAUGGUCCAUUUGAAUGCAUCCCUAAUAUAUGAUAAUAGUUCUCAACUAAUAGGUGCAAUUUGGGAAAAUCAGGUUUAUUUUUUGGAGUGAAACUAUUGUAAGUGCUUAUUUAUAAAAGGAAUGUUUCUGAAUGCAAGUGCCUAAAAAGAUUUUGUUGGUAUGAAUAUGUUUUUUCACAUAACUUUAUACUGCAUCUUUUACAUUUGUGCUUUUUUAAGAUACAUAUGUAAGCUCUUAUUUUUCAAUUGGCAAUUCACUUAAUUUUUAAAUGUUUACAUAAUGGCCAGAAGGCUUGCAAAUCUGUAUUUAAUUGCAUUUUAAUUAAUUGCCAGUUUUUACAUGUGAUAGUCAAUUACAUUGUAUAAAGGAAAUGCACUUAAACCUGUUUCUAAAUUAUAUAGUUCAGUUAUGUUGUAUUUGGCAUUAGAUGGUUUUAAUACAUUUGAUAGUUUUUUCACCCCUUGGCUUUAUUUUAUAUAAACUUUUGUUAUUCAGCAGUUCUGAACUUUUUGGUAUUUUAUAAAUGGUCCAAAAAAUGCGUGUUUCAGAAGUUUUUAAAUUCAGUGCAUUUCCUCUUGAUUUGUCUGGGUUAAAACCAUUCCUUUUGUAUGAAAUGUUUUGACUUAUGAAUCAUUUUAUGUACUUGUUCUACCUGGAUUGUCAACCAUUGAAAGUGUAUAUUCCAUCCAAAUCAAGCUAAAAUUUAUUUAAGUUGAUUCUGAGAGUACAGGUCAGUAAGCCUCAUUAUUUGGAAUUUGAGAGAAGGUAUAGGUGAUUGGAUCUGUUUCAUUUAUAAAAUGUCCAGUUUUUAGGACUAGUACAUUCCUGUUAUUUUCUGGGUUUUAUCAUUUUGUCUAAAAUAGGAUAUAAAAGGGACAAAAAAUAAGUAGACUGUUUUUGUAUGUGUGAAUUAUAUUUCUACUAAAUGUUUUUGUAUGACUGUUAUACUUGAUAAUAUAUAUAUAUAUCAACUUGUUAAAUUAUCUCAAGUUCUCGUGGCUUCUUUUCAAUUGUUGCCUAUUACAGUAUGAGAGUUUAAGGUUAUUAACCAUUGGCUUAGAAGUCAACACCUGGGAUCAUACAUCCCUUGACUACAAUGUGGAAUGAGUUUUAUGGAAACUUGUUUUAUAGUUCUAUGUGAUGUGAAGGUCUAGGGAGCAAUAAUCAGUCCUUUUUUUCCUGAAGCCUUGUUUUUAGUCCUCAUUGUAUAAAAUAUAAAAGAAUCAUAUUGCUGUGAAUACCUAAAAAGAAAAUUAGAGCCAAUGUGUAUUGAGCCUUCUCUGUGUGCCAGGAACUUUGCCAAGUUGCUACAUGGAUUAUUUUAUUUCAAGUCCAGAGCAACCUGUAAUGGGUGGGUAAUCAUGUUAUUUUUUCUGUGUUACAGGUAAGGAAACUAAGGCUUAGUUAAAUGACUUGCUUCUGUGUUCCACAGGUGGAGUCAAAUCUCAAACAUAGGGCGGUCAGAUUUUGAUGGUUAGUGCUCUUAAUGACUAUGAUUACUAAAUGAUAUCUGGUAGUUUUUAACAAUAGAAAAUGCAACUUUAAAAAUUUUUUAUUGUGGUAAAAUACACGUAACAUUUACCAUUUUUAAGUAUAUUGUUUGAACCAUUUUUCAGCAUAUAGUUCAGUGGCAUUAAGUAUAUUCUCAUUGUUUUGCAACCAUGAGCACCUAUUCAUCUCCAGAACAUUAUCAUCAUCCUAUACUAAAACUUAGAAAAUGUACUUUUAAACUUCUUCAGUUUUCUUUUAAUAUAUGGAGACAACCCAAAGGUUAUAUCCUGUAAUAAACUCACUUCUCUGUUUUCCCUCACAGCU